CUUAAAUGGUAACGCCAAUGGAAACAACAAUGCUGGAUCGUUAAACGGUAAUGUCAAUGGAAAUAACAAUUGGGGUAGUGCGAAUGGUAAUCUCAGUGGUAAUGACAAUUUGAAGCGAGAGCCCUUUCAACAACAUUGGAGGCGUGACUUCAAUGGUAACGGCAACGGAAACGGAAACAUAGGUAGUGGUAAUGGAAAUCUCAAUGGAAACGACAACGUUGGAUCUUUCAAUGGUAACGCCAAUGGAAAUAACAACGUGGGUAACCUAAAUGGUAACGCCAAUGGAAACGCUAAUGUUGGAUCUUUCAACGGUAAUAAAAAUGGAGAUUUUAAUUGGGGUAGCGCGAAUGGUAACCUCAGCGGUAAUAAUAAUGUUAAGCGACUUGAAUAUAAACGAGGAUCUGGUAAUGGUAACGCCAACGGUAACGGAAACAUUGGCAGUGGUAAUGGAAAUCUCAACGGCAAUAACAACGCUGGUAACCUCAAUGGUAAUGCCAAUGGAAAUAACAACUGGGGUAACCUAAAUGGUAACGCCAAUGGAAACAACAAUGUUGGAUCGUUAAACGGUAAUGUCAAUGGAAAUAACAAUUGGGGUAGCGCGAAUGGUAACCUCAGCG